AUGGCUCCUCCGAAAAAAGUUUGCUACUACUUUCACCCGGAUGUUGGCAAUUUUCAUUACGGUCCCCGUCAUCCAAUGAAACCGCAACGUCUUGCCGCUCUCCAUUCCCUCAUUUUGGCCUACGAGUUGGACAAGAAAAUGGACAUGCGAGUGAUGCCAAAAGCCACAGCUGACAAUUUAAAAAUUUUUCACGACGAGGAGUACGUGAAUUUCCUGCAAAGUGUCUCUCCGGCGGUUGCCAGUCAAUUUGAAGGAGAUUUCGCCAGUUUCAACAUUGGCGAGGAUUGUCCGAUAUUCGACGGGAUCUUCGAGUUUUGCUCGCUCUACACCGGCGGCUCAUUGGAGGGAGCAGUUCGGCUCAAUCAUAAGCUCAACGAUAUCGUGAUCAAUUGGGCUGGCGGUUUGCAUCACGCGAAGAAGCGCGAGGCUUCCGGUUUCUGCUAUGUGAACGAUAUCGUGAUCGCGAUCAUCGAGCUGCUCAAGUAUCAUAAAAGAGUUCUCUACAUUGACAUCGAUAUUCAUCACGGUGACGGAGUACAAGAGGCUUUCUACCUAACAGACAGGGUAAUGACGGUCUCCUUUCACAAAUACGGCAAUUACUUCUUCCCCGGCACUGGCACAAUGUACGAUUGGGGGCAAAGUCAAGGAAAG